CCUGGAAAAUGCAUCAUGCAAAGGGCAGGAGCUGUGCUGAACACUGCGUGGGUCCUUCAGGCACCUGGAGUUUGUUUUGUCUUCGUAGGUGCGGCGACCAUGGCAUCCCAAGGCCAGGUCAUUUUCUGGAGCUUGACCAUGGUCAUUAUCAUCCUGGCUGUGGUGAUCGCCCUGAUCAUCGGGUUUGGUGUCUCAGGAAAGCGCUCCAUCAGCGUCACCGCCUUGACGUCCCCGGGGAACAUCGGCCAGAGCGGCCUCUUGGGCUGCACCUUCGAGCCCGACAUCAGGAUGGGCAGCAUAGCCAUUCGGUGGGCAAAGGCUGGAGUGGCCGGGCUGGUUCACGAGUUUCGAGGGGGGAAGGACCACCUGCAAGAGCAAGAUGCGGAAUUUCAGGGCCGCACGGCCGUGUUUGCGGAGCAGGUGAUGGGUGGAAACGCUUCCCUGGAGCUGAGGGAUGUGAAGCUGUCCGACGCCGGCACCUACAGGUGCUCCGUCACCACGUCCCGAGGGAGCGGGGUGGCAGAGCUGCAGUACCAGACAGGAGCCUUCAGCACCCCAAAUGUCCAGGUGGAGAACAGCAGCAGCGGGGACACGCUGCAGUGCGAAGCGCCGCGGUGGUUCCCUCGGCCCACCGUGCACUGGACAGCCUACAGCCACACGGGGAAGUGCCUGCCCCGGGCUGCCAACACCAGCUACGAGCUGAACGCCGAAAACAUCACCCUGAAGGUGGUCUCCCUGCUGCAUAACAUUACCGCUAACGCCACCUACACCUGCGUGAUUGAAAACAGCAUCGCCAAGGCCACAGGCGACAUCAAGGUGACAGAUUUCAGCAUUACCAGAGGGACCAACCUGCAGCUGGUGAACCUGAAUGCAGAGUCAGCGUCCUCCUCCCUUCCAGCCUGUCACUGGAUGCUUCUGCUGCCCGCGUUCCUGCUGUCACUGUAAAACAGUUGGAAACGCUGCUGGACACAGGAGUCAUUACAGCUACCCUGACGCAGAACAUGCUUCAUGCUUUCCUCCCUCUUGGGGUGAGAAAUUUUUAAGACCAGUUCCCAGUUCCAAGAGCAUGGAGUGGCACAAAGCGAAGCCAGUUGAUUUUUCCUUCGUAUUUCUAACUCGUGCCAGCAACAGGAUACUUUGGCUUCAGAACAAGACUGUGAUAAGGACAGUUGCAUAAAUAAAGGAAAAACUGUGAUCAUGGGAACGAGAUGUGUUCUCUUGUCUGAAGUAACACAGUGACCAGAGCUCCGAUCGUGGACAGAGAUAAACAGGAAAAGGGUUACCUGUAACGGGUCUGGGAAAUGGCCCUUAAACCCAGAACACUAAAAGCAAGCAAAUCAAAGAGCUUUAUCUGUCUCAUGUUUUGUGAUUCUCUGAAUAUAUUAAUAAAACUGCAAGCCAUCUAUUUAAUCUCCUCAGAAAACCAUAAUGAAUCUCCUCUUCUGAAAAAGGCAUUGUGAAUGGCCAAACCCUGAUGGAUCAGAAAAUACCUAACAGGCUAACUGGUGGAUUAGAAAACAGCUAACACUGGAGUAAGCGUCAGGUUUUCAACCUCGCAAAGGUAAACAGCCUCUGAAGUCCUUUAUUAGGACGGAUGAUUACAUUUGUGACAGGAAUUAAAAGAGGAGCAGGAGAGCAGUAAUAGUGGGAGCAGACAGAUGACUAAAAAAAACGAGGAGGAAAAGAGGGAGCACAAUUUUACUGGAAAGUUCAAGUUCAGAAAUAAACCCAGUUAUUCAAGACAGUUAAGACUACAUGUACGAAUUUGCCUCUUU